AUGGCUCUGAACAGUAAUCCAUUUGCGGAUCCAUUCGCAGAGCCAGUUGGAAAUCCGCCAACAUCUAAAACUGAAGCAGCAGAAACCUCCGCCGAUUUCAAUCCUUUCGCCAAUCAGAGUACCGGCGUUGUGCCAACUCACCAGGGAACCUCAGGGUUGGGCGGUGGCGCGACGGUUACGAUGAGCGACGAGUUGUUUCGCAAACAAGAGGAAUUGGAGCGAAAAUCACAAGAAUUGCGUCAGCGAGAGGAAGAGCUCAAUCGCCGUCAACAGAUGCAGCAGAAUAUGCACACAGGACAAUCUGGAAGUAAUGCACAGCGACCUCACAACUGGCCACCACUUCCCGCAUUCAUUCCAAUCGAACCAUGUUUCUACCAGGAUAUUGAAGUCGAAAUCCCGGUGCAAUUCCAAAAAACGGUGACAGUGGUGUACUAUGUGUUUUUGAUUUACGUCUUGGCCCUGACCGCAAAUGUCAUAGCUUCUCUGUUUUAUAUGUUAUUUGCAAAAGGUCCAGUUGGCCAGUUGUUACUCGCUAUAAUCCAGCUGUGUUUGUUCUCGCCUUGUUCUUUUUUGUUCUGGUUCCGCCCUGUCUACAAGGCAUUCCGUAACGACUCAUCUUUCAACUUCAUGGUGUUCUUUUUUGUUCUUUUCUUCCACUCUCUUUUCACACUAGUACAAACGCUCGGGAUUUCGUCGUAUGCAUGUGGUUGGAUCAACACUAUCGAAACUUUUGGAGUUUCGAUCCCGGUUGCAUUGAUAAUGUUGGUCUCAGCUCUAUCUUUCACUGCAGCUUUAGCUGGUAUGGUUUAUGCCUUGCUGAGAGUGCAUAAGCUUUACAGGGGAUCCGGCUUCUCCAUCGACAAGGCUCGUCAGGAGUUCACAAAUGGCCAAGUGCUGCAACGACGGCUGCUGCGGGAGCUGCAUUCCAGCAGGCCACGCAGGGACGCUUCUGAUCUGCUGAUCCACCUCUGCUUUCCACACUUCAUUUUGUUCUUGAUCUUCUGGAGUAACAUAUUUCUGCAUUUGCUUCAACAAAACGGAGAUCGAAACACAUUACGAGCCUUCACACGUUCAAGUUGCAAGCUAACCCUGUGCAACUUGUUUAGAGCCCAUCACCGGCAUUCUCCGCUUUCGCAGAUUACUUUCUUCGCCGUUCAGAUUGUAACUAUAUUCGCUCUUAUAUUUAUUUCUGUAAGGUUUCUUGUCCUUAAUGUCCUGUAUUAUUGA